AUGGGAUCUGGUAGUUCUGUAAAUGUUCAGUACAAGUACUCCCUGCAGAAGUCUGAAAAUGCUUUCAAGGCAGCUGUCUUGAUCCAGCAGUGGUAUCGGCGCCACGUGGCUCGGCUGGAAAUGCGCCGCCGCUGCACCUGGAGAAUCUUUCAAUCCAUUGAGUAUUCCUGCGAGCAGGAUCAGAUCAAGCUUCACAACUUCUUCAGUUACCUCAUGGACCAGUUCACACCAAGCAGCAGCAAAGAGAGGGAUUUUAUCAGUCGCAUGUUUGUAAGUGGGGAAAGUUACAAAGAGGCAGAGCUGGAAAAAUACUGUGACUAUGAAUCCAUAGAGGUGCCAGACUCCUACACCGGACCCCAUCUCUCUUUCCCACUCCUCCCUGACCAUGCCACGGCCUUGCUGGAAGCUUUCCAACAGAAACAGCAGCUCCAUGCUCGCUAUGUCUUAAACCUCCUGCAUGAGACCAGGAAGCACCUCAAGCAGUUGCCAAACAUCAGCCAUGUCUCCACCUGCUACAGCGAGGAGAUCACCGUGUGUGGAGACUUACACGGCCAGCUGGAUGACCUGUUCCUCAUCUUUUACAAGAAUGGCCUUCCUUCCCCUUCCAAGUCCUACGUGUUCAAUGGGGACUUUGUAGACAGAGGCAAGCAGUCCCUUGAGAUCCUUGUUAUCCUCUUUACCUUCCUCCUGAUCUAUCCCAAGGAGGUUCAUCUCAACCGCGGGAACCAUGAGGACCACAUGGUGAACUUACGCUAUGGUUUCACCAAGGAAGUGAUGCAGAAAUACAAGGUGCAUGGGAAGAAAAUCUUGAGGAUGUUUCAGAAUGUCUUCUGCUGGCUGCCCCUGGCCACCCUGAUUGAUCAGAAAGUCCUCAUUAUUCACGGGGGCAUCUCUGACACCACUGACUUGGAUAUGCUUGAGAAAAUUCAAAGGAACAGAUUUGUUUCUGUGUUAAGGCUGAAGAAAAGGAAGGAAUCGAGUGGAAAACCACAAAUCCAGGCCAUAAAUGGGGAGAGCGAAUCAGGCACUGAUGCAGCUCCCAGGUUAUCUCUGCAGCCCCAGACAGCCCAGGCUCCCAGCACAGCCAACAGGCGGGAGUUCUCCAGGUGGCUCCGGCAGACGGUGCAGGAACAAAUCGACACGUGCCGCCGGCUGGUGGACAUCAGUGAGUCAGAGCCAGAGGAGCUCACCUAUUCCAGCAUGGUCUCCUUGAAGGAUGCGGAUGAGCCGUGCUGGACUCUCCAGGAGGAGUGGAAGCAGGUUUUAGACAUCCUCUGGAGUGACCCCAUGCCUCAGGAGGGCUGCAGAGAAAAUAAGGUGCGAGGUGGUGGCUGCUACUUUGGGCCUGAUGUGACGGAGAAGUUCCUUGAGAAGUACAGCUUGCAGUUCCUGAUCCGCUCUCACGAGUGCAAGCAAGAGGGCUAUGAGUUCUGUCACAGCCGCAAGGUGCUGACCAUCUUUUCAGCCUCAAACUACUAUGAGAUUGGCAGCAACAGGGGAGCCUAUGUGAAGCUGGGACCAGACCUCAUCCCCCACUUUGUUCAGUAUCAAGCAAACAAGACGGCCCAUUUGCUCACUAUGACCCAAAGAAUCAGCAGAGUAGAGGAGUCAGCCUUUCGAGCCUUGCGGGAAAAGCUCUUUGCUCACACCUCAGCCCUCAUCAGUGCCUUCAAGUCCUACGACAGGGACAAUACAGGAAAGAUCACUCUGAGCAACUGGGCAACAGCAGUGGAGUCAGUGCUGCGGCUGGGACUGCCCUGGCGAAUGCUGAGGCCACAGCUGGUGCGCAGCGCCGAGGACGGCAUGCUGGAGUACAAAUCCUGGCUGGAUGAUCUGGCCAUGGAGCAGAGGAGCCAAGAGCACAUCCAGUCCAGCUUGCUGGAAGUCAUUUAUCGAAACAGAUCCAACUUAGAGACCAUAUUCAGGAUCAUAGACAGAGACCAUUCAGGUCUCAUCUCCUUUGAGGAAUUCCAGCAAACCUGGAAGCUGUUCAGCUCCCACAUGAACAUUGAACUCACGGAUGAUGGCAUUAACGACUUGGUUCGCAGCAUUGACUUCAAUAAGGAUGGAAACAUUGACUUCAAUGAGUUCCUGGAAGCCUUCCGCCUGGUCAGACAGUGCCCGUCGUGAGAACCUGCCGGGAGCUGCCACGUCCCAUGCCUUGAUUUCUACAAAGCCAGGACUGUCCACUGUCCCACCUAACCUAGAGUGUGCCUGCAGAUGGCAAGCAGGGA